AUGCUGCGAAUAUGGUCUCCUCGGGCCCCUUUUUUACCUGGUCCUCGCGGGUGCUUCCUGGCUUUGCGUGAGCAACAACACAAUCUCAUCCGCCACUGGCCUGCGUUCCGCCGCACGGUAACCACAGACAGAUCUACCCAGCAACCUAACCUUCGCGUACCGCUGCGGAAGCAAUUGAAAGAUGAAGCCAAGUCGCUGAAGACGCAGAACCGUCUUAAAAAGGGAGCGAAUCGACCGCCCCAACAUGAUGGAUGGGAGUUGACCGUUGGCAUUGAAAUACAUGCCCAAUUAAACGCAGAGACAAAGCUCUUCUCAAAGGCUCCUACGAAACUGGCCGCAGAACCAAAUUCCAACGUCGCCCUUUUCGAUCUGGCAUUUCCUGGCUCGCAGCCGGCGUUCCAGAGUCCGAUCUUGCUACCUGCGCUGCGUGCGGCUAUGGCCCUCAAUUGCGAAAUCCAGCCGGUUAGCCGUUUCGACCGCAAGCAUUACUUUUACCAAGACCAGCCUGCUGGAUAUCAGAUUACGCAAUACUACGAGCCAUUUGCGCGAAACGGAUUCAUCGAUCUAUUUGAGCACGAUGGCAUUGCGCCUGAAGAUGGGAAGAAGGUCCGCAUCAACAUCAAACAAGUGCAAUUGGAACAAGAUACCGCUAAAUCCCAAGAAUACCCACCUUCUGCACAACUCCUAGAUUUCAAUCGAGUCUCUCAUCCUCUGAUUGAAAUUAUCACCAUGCCUCAGAUUCACUCUCCAGCAACGGCUGCUGCCUGCGUCAGAAAAGUCCAAUCAAUCUUACAGGCUACAAGCGCCGUGACCACCGGGAUGGAAUUGGGCGGCUUGCGGGCAGACGUUAACAUUUCCGUUCGCAAACGCGACGCGGCACCUGGGCUUGGAGAGUACAGUGGCAUACGAGGGUUGGGCCAGCGUACGGAAAUCAAAAACUUGAGUAGCUUCAAGGCUGUCGAAGAUGCCAUCAUUGCAGAACGAAAUCGCCAAGUUACGUUGCUUGAGAGUGGCGGUGUAGUUAUAGGGGAAACGAGGGGCUGGACGAUUGGUAGCACAGAAACUCGCAGACUACGUGCUAAGGAGGGAGAAGUUGAUUAUCGCUAUAUGCCAGAUCCUGAUUUGGGACCUUUGUUCAUUGACAGCCAGCUCGUAUCGGCAUUGAGCGAUACUCUGCCUGAUUUGCCAGAUCAGCUCUUGGAUACGCUAGUAGGGCCGUCGUAUGGACUUUCUAUAGCAGAUGCAAAACCGCUAGUUGAGCUAGACGGCGGUGCACGCUUGGAGUACUAUCAAGAUGUCGUUGAUAUUCUUCAAACUCUCCAGCAAAGCCAUGAAGUGGUCAUUAAGAACUCCCUCGGUAGGACAGUGGCCAAUUGGGUGUUGCACGAGCUAGGAGGGAUGCUCACCAAGGCAGACGUCGGAUGGGACUCAGACCUAGUCCCGGCUCGCACGUUGGCAGAGUUGAUCGACCAAUUGCUACGGAAAAGGAUCACCGGCCCGAUUGCAAAGCAAGUUCUAACCAUGGUUUUCGAGGGAGACAAGCGCCCUAUUCAGAACCUUCUUGAAGAUGAGGACCUCUUCUUACGACCGUUGUCCAGAGACGAGUACCUUGCAUUAGCAGAACCAUUAAUAUCGGCAAAUCCCGAGAUGGUUGCACAAAUUCGAGACAAGAACCAACUAGGAAAACUUGGUUGGUUUGUAGGACAGAUGAUGCGGGCUGGCGAAAAGGGUCGUGUUGAGGCACAACGAGCUGAGGAUAUUCUGCGAGAAUUGAUAUUGGGUGGUUGA